AUGUCACAAUCGUUAAAUUCCUGUUUACAAGAAAUUACAGAAUCUCUCGGAUCCAUUUCCAACAGAAAUUUUAAACACCCUGGGAUAUUCCACAAUGCCGUUGUUGGUAGUAUGCUAUCCAAAGGUGGUAAGAAAGAAUUUGUGAAAUUACUGAGGGAUGGGGAACCUAAUGAAGAACUGUCAUUAUUCCAAGUUGAUACGAAGAGGAGAUCAAUAACGAGAAGGGAUAAAAGACAAGGCAUCUAUGAUUAUAUUGUUGAGAGAGAAGCAAAAAUUAAGAGAAACAGAAGAAUGGGCAUACCGGACCCAAAACCUAUAAUACAGAUACCGAAGGAUUUCUAUUUAAGUCAACAUGAAAAAGUUAUAAAUAGUUCUAGAAAUAAAAAUGGUAGAAAUUCCUUCAUUUUUCAGAACACUACAGGCGAACUAGGAUCAACUAAUAAUGCAUUCGGUGUGUUGUAUAAUAAAUUCAAAAAUGAAAGGAUGACUACAAAGUUGCUGGAAGCUUUACAGAACGGAAGUGUACUUGCAGAGGAAGAUGACACAGAUCAUUCAAACCAUGCAGCUAUAAAGAGAAGAAAAACUAUGUUUGUGGAGGAUUUCCCAAUUGACCUUAUAAUUAAGGUACUUGAUGAAAUCAACAACAUGUGGUCACUAUCUGAGUUUAAGGAUGAGUUUAAUACUUUGAAACAAUCAGCAUCAGAUCUUUCAAUGAAGAUCAAAGAUAUACAAACCGAAUUGGAAAUUCAAGAGGACGAAAUCAACAACAUGGAUUCAUACGCAACACCGCCUGCGAGUAUAUCCAAACUAAUCGAAGUCAACCAACAAGAAAUUGCAGACUUAGAGAAAGAAAUAGCAGAUCUAGAAGAAGCCAACAACCAGCAUCAUUAG